AUGCCUGACCUGUACGAGGGCGAUGCUGUCUCUCUUGACCGUCCUGAGGAUUUCAAUGUCAUGGCUUGGGGUCAGAAGGGUGGUCCACAGGGAAAAGGCCACGGGCCCGGACAAGUCGAUCCCAUCAUCGAGACUGUGAUCGAAGAGAUGCGUUUGAAUCUUGGCGUCAGAAAGAUUGGUAGCGUAGGCUACUGCUUUGGUGCCAAAUAUGUCGCCCGCUUCCUUGCCAAGGACAAGCGAGUUGACGUCGGGGCGAUGGCGCAUCCAAGUUUUGUGGAUGUUGAUGAGUUGAAAGCAAUUGAGCGACCGUUGACUAUCGCAGCGGCAGAGGUCGAUCAUAUUUUCUCGGAGGAGAAGAGGCACGAGACGGAAAAGAUCUUGAAAGAGGGUAAGAGGACUUACCAGAUCACUCUUUACAGUGGUGUUGAGCAUGGCUUCGCAGUGCGUUCAGACAUGACCAAGAAGGAAGUGAAGUAUGCCAAGGAGGCCGCAUUCAUACAGCAAGUGCAGUGGUUUCGUGAGUGGUUGCAGGAGGAAUAG